AUGUCGGUGUCAGAGGAGGAAGAGUUCAGCAGUUUACAGUCGCUGCCGCCUCUGAUGUCUGGAUUCCAGAUCGUCCUCAUUGGACAGAACGAGGACCUUAAAAGACAACUCGGUAACUCCAUCUUGCAGAGGGAAGCGUUUGUCAGACUUCAUGACAAUAAGACGUGUGACUCCGUCCACGGCGAGUGGAAGGGAAGAUCCAUGACGGUGGUGAAGACCCCGGACCUGUUCGGUCUACCGGUGGAGGUCGUACGAGACCAGAUGAAGACCUGCACGGACCUCCAGAGCCCAGCUGUCCUGCUGCUGUUGGUCAAACAUUCAGAAUUCACCGGGAAAGUCAAACUGAGACUGAGGUUCAUCCUGAGUCUGUUCGGUCCGGACGCCAUUAAACGCUCCGUCGUCGUCCUCACAGACAAGGAGAAGCAAAGAAGCGUCGCCGUCAUCGGACUGACGACAGACUGUGAAGGACGACAGUACAACAUGUUUGAGGAGGACACAGGACAGUUAAUGUGCAUGAUCGAGGACAUUUUGUAUGAAGGCAAACCGUCGGUCACAGCCGUCAGUGAAAAGACGACCAGGCUGAAGUCCAAGCAGACAGAACCAACUUUAAACCUGGUUCUGUGUGGGAGGACAGGAGUCCGGAAGACGUCGGUCGCUGAGGCCAUUCUAGGUCGGACUGUGUGUCCUUCAGAGUUGGUCAAACACCAGGUGGAGGUCUGUGGACGUCGGGUGUCCCUGGUGGAGCUGCCCGCCCUGAACGGAAAACCUCAAGAAGAAGCAAAUGAGGAUUUGCUUCGGUCCAUCUCACUCUGUGACCCUGACGGCGUCCACGCCUUCAUCCUGGUCCUACCUCUAGGUCCACUCACCACCAAAGACCAGGCAGAGUUAGAGGCUAUCCGGAACACGAUCGGUUCUCGAAUCAACGACUUCACCAUGAUUCUGUUCGCGUUGCAGUCAGAUCCAGGAGCUCCGGCUGUUCAAAGAUCUCUGAAUGAGAACAGAGACGUCCAGCAGCUGUGUCAGAGCGUCAGAGGAAGAUCUGUGGUUCUGAACACCAAAGACCGACAGCAGGUCUCUGAGGUGUUGGAUCUGGUGGAGACGAUGAGAGACCAAGGUUCCAGAGGUUUCACCAAGGACAUGUUCACCAAAGCUCAGACCCAUCUGAUGAAGAUGAGCGAGAUCCUCAUGGGUGGUGAAGUUCAGAGUCCAGACAGCAUCAGGAUGGUCCUGAUCGGAAAGACCGGCUGUGGCAAAAGUGCGACUGCAAACACCAUUUUAGGGAAUGAUUAUUUUAACUCUAGAGCUAGCAUGAGGUCGGUCACUAAAGUUUGCCAGAAAACAUCAGGGGAAGUUGAUGGUCAGCCCGUGGUCGUGGUCGACACCCCUGGUUUGUUCGACACAAACGUUCCCAACGAUGAAAUCCAACGAGAGCUGGUCAAAUGUGUUAGCAUGUUAGCUCCUGGACCUCAUGUCUUUUUAGUUGUGAUGCAGUUCAGCCGCUCCACAAAAGAGGAAAUAGAAACCGUGGAACUGAUCAAGAAAUACUUCGGCAAGAAGUCCGAAAACUUCAUCAUCGUGGUGUUUACCAGAGGAGACGAAAUGGAAGGAGAGUCGCUGGAAAGUUACAUGAGUUCGGGAGACUUGGAGGAUUAUAUCGCAAAACUAAUCAGCGACUGUGGAGGAAGAUACCACGUCUUCAAUAACAAAACUCAAACUGAUCGAACACAAGUCACGGAGCUGAUGACGAAGAUUAAGACGAUGCUGAAGAGGAACGGCAGCAGCUACUACACCAACGACAUGUUCCAAGAGGCCGAGGCGGCCAUAAAAACAGAAAUGGACCGAAUUUUGAAGGAAAAGGACGCGCAGAUGAAGAAAGAACUGGACGAAGUGGACAGGAAGUAUCGGAAAGAACUUUCAUCUAAGGUUGUGAGGAGCAGAGAGCUUCAGGAGAAGGUGUCGUGUAUAUCCAAAGAACGUCAGCAGAUCCAAAAAGACAAGGAGCGUAAAGAAGAGCUGCUCAGACAGAUGAAGCAGGAGGACGGUCAACGAAGGGAGGAACGAGGAUCUGAAACCAGGAGACGACGGCAGGAACUGGAAGAACAACUGAAGAGGAGAGACAAAAACCUGAGAAGGCUGCAGGAGGAGUACGAGCAGGAGGAGGAGAAGAGGAGGCUGCACGACCAGGAGAGGAGGCGAAAAGAAGAAGAGUACAGGCGGGUGUACGAGGAGGUGAAGAGGACAUACCAGGAGGAGGCCAGGAGGAGGGCGGAGGAGUCCAACCCCUUCAGCAGCAGGUACAGGAACCACUGCGCCGCCAUGAUGAGUGGGAUCGGCGACUGGAUCCAGCAUCAGAACAACUGCAGCGUCCUGUAG